UGGAAAGGGACAUGCGCGAGCGCGCUGCUUCCUGCUCGGCUGAUGCUCCUCUCGGUCUGACUGUGUUGAUAGCGGCUCCUGCUCCCACACGUGCGGUCCUUCCUAUGAGAAUCUCUCUCUUCGGGACCCGUUCAUAAGUUCAUCCUGCUCCUUCACAACAGGUGUAAAGCCACACAAUCCGAUAACCAUGGGGGCUUAUCUGUCGCAGCCUAACACGACCAAGACCUCUUCCGAUGGCGGCAACAGCAACAUGAGCUAUGGCUACUCUGCCAUGCAAGGCUGGCGCAUCUCCAUGGAGGAUGCUCACAAUUGUAUUCCAGAGUUUGACGAGGAGACUGCCAUGUUCGCUGUGUAUGACGGACAUGGAGGGGAAGAGGUGGCUCUGUACUGUUCAAAGUACCUUCCUGACAUAAUCAAGGAGCAGAAGACCUACAAAGACGGCAAACUGCAAAAGGCACUGGAAGAUGCCUUCUUGGCCAUUGACGGCAAAAUAACCACUGAGGAUGUCAUCAAGGAGCUAGUCCAGAUCGCUGGGCGACCCACAGAGGAGCCGCCCACCAAGAAGGUGGCAGAGGAGGAUGAUUUGGAGACAGAGGAGGCAGCGUUGCUCCAUGAGGAGGCCACGAUGACCAUAGAGGAGCUGCUGGUACGCUACGGCCAGAACCGCAACGCCGUCAAACAUGCUGCUGCCAUGAGUGCGGCUGCUAAGAAGGCAUGCUGCCCUCACCCUGAGGCCUCAGGAGACAAAGGAGAUGGUGGGGAAGAAAAGAAGAAGGAGGGGCUGAACGGAGAAUUGGAGGAGGAGGAGAGCAACGGCAAGGUGAAGGAAGGUGAAGGUGCGGCGUGUGGAUCCAAGCUGCGGGCCUGCCGGAGAACCGGAGGGGGUGAAGGCAGCGGUGCAGUGGCAGAAUGUGGAGACUCAGGAAGCUCCAAUGGAAAAGAAAAGGCCAGUAAGGUUGAAGGAGAUGCAGGUCCAUCCUGUUCCUCUCUGCCCUCCGUGGCCGGAGGAGAUUCAAAGUCCCGGUUCUUUGAUGACAGCGAGGAGUCUGAGGAAGGAGAGGAAGAAGAGGGCAGUGAUGAAGAGGAUGGCAGCGAUGAGGAAGAAGGGGACAGCAGUGAGAUGGAAGAGGAGGAAGAUUCAGAGGAGGGAGAGGAAGACUCUGAGGAGGAAGAGGAGGAGGAAAUGUGUCUACCUGGAAUGGAUGGCAAGGAGGAGCCUGGAUCAGACAGCGGCACCACGGCUGUCGUGGCUCUGAUCCGAGGGAAGCAGCUGAUUGUUGCCAACGCUGGAGACUCUCGCUGUGUGGUGUCUGAGCGCGGCAAAGCUGUCGACAUGUCAUACGACCACAAGCCAGAGGACGAGCUGGAACUGGCUCGCAUCAAAAACGCUGGAGGGAAGGUCACCAUGGAUGGACGGGUCAACGGAGGACUGAACUUGUCCAGAGCUAUUGGUGACCACUUCUAUAAGAGGAACAAGACUCUGCCCCCAGAGGAGCAGAUGAUUUCUGCGAUGCCGGACGUCAAAGUUUUGACACUUAACGGGGAUCACGACUUCAUGGUCAUCGCCUGUGACGGCAUCUGGAAUGUGCUAAGCAGUCAGGAGGUGGUGGACUUCAUCAGCGAGAGGAUCAAACCAGACCAGAGUGGCAAAGUCAGACCCCUCUCCUCUAUAGUGGAGGAGCUGGUGGACCACUGUUUGGCCCCUGACACGUCUGGAGACGGGACAGGAUGUGACAACAUGACCUGCAUCAUCAUCACCCUCCGGCCACACCCGUCACCUGCUCACUCAGAUGACACAAAGAAGAGGAAGCUCCAGGAGGAGGCAGAAGGGGAGCCGGAGGACAACGGAAACAACAGCAAAAAGGCUAAAAGUGACUAGAGGGAAAAUAGAAACGUUGCCGGGCAGCAGCUGGUCCCAGACUAGCCCAGAUACACCAGAGACACAUUCUGUUCAAAAUUAAAUCCAUACCUCACAAACAAACAAUUCCCCCUAAGACAGACAUUACAAAUGCUAUAUGUAUGCUCAAAGAUCAGCUGAACUACGGCCAUCGGUAUAGUUUUUGUCUCCCUUUAACAGCCCCUGCAGUCGUUUCUCUAGUUUAACGUCAUUGGAAAGAAGCUGGCCCCACUUAAACUUCUUAAAUUCAGAGGAGGCAGGCUCACUGGCACACUGAAUAGAACAUCACUUCCCGUGAAUUUGUACUCAACGCAUUGUGUUGAGGAAACAUGAGGAAAAACUGAUUGAUUGACAUGAUAUUACUUCCCUUUGUAGCCCAUUUAAAGCGUGACACAGCAACUGCUAGUCUAGUGUUGCACUGAAUGUGUCAAUGCCCCGUUUCAGGCUAGAUCCGAACUAAUACGUUUUAUUUUGAAAUGCAUCACUUCUUCCAAAAAAUGUUUUGAGCCCACAAACCAGAGAAUCUUUGGAAACACCGCCGGUCCCAUUUUAGUUUGAAAACUGGGGGUUUGCAUUUAAGUCUGGUAGGAACUUACUUUAACAUAGACUCCCCCUUCGAUUGGUCACACUCUUAUCACGUAAUCUUUUUGCUGAAGAAAAAGGCAAAAACCUAUAGUGGUGCAUGCAACAUGGAUGGCUAAUCCUUACUGUCAGUUCCACCUCAUCGACUGUCCAAGCUAAGAAAUCCAUGGUCGUUUUGUUGCCAUUGCUGCUUCUCACUCGUAGUAUUUACUGCAACUAAGCUAUUAACUGCAGUCGACAAUAUGCUUCCAGUUCAUGCUGGCACGCACAUGCCCAUUGUACGUGAAUGUAAGAAUGGAAGGAGUUUGUUUCUGAUAUGCAGAUAAACGCUUGUCUGGAUUGACAUUUUGGAAUGAAAACAAUCAGUGAAAUGAAAACAUAUUAGUGUGGAUGUAGCCUCGGCCUCCUCUCUGUUGUUGACAGCUCACCCGGAGUUUGUUUAAGUCACAGUUUGGCUCCACGCCUCAGAAGAACUGAAGGAUGUAAGGGUCCAGUUGCUCUACUUUGCCAUUUAUAUAUAUAUUUCUUUUCAUUAGCGCCCAUUGAAAUUUUUUUUAGUCUUGCUGGUCACAUGACACCCCUAUACUUCACCAUUAUCCUGCCUUUCUUUUGAUUUCUACUUUGUGUCUUUGUGUGAAAAGAUGCCAGGGUUUAGGGAACGGGUAAACUUUUCAUCUGUGAGAGAUGAUGGCAGGGGAACGGACGGGAGGCGCAUAUGUCUCUCCAGAGAGAGGUGUCGAUCUGGACGAGCUCGCCUCCACCACAUUUACUCUCCAUCCGUUUCCCUCGUAACACCUUUUUAAGAUUAUCUCUUGAACAUGUGUUUUAUUUAAAACGUAUUUCCACUCAAGUGUUCAUAUCUUUUCCUUUUUGAUGAGUCAAUCCUCUGGCAGUUUGAAAGAAAAAAAAUCCAUUUUGUGAGCACGGUCUGAAAAUAUCUUGACUGUGGAGAGGAUGCACACGGUCAUUCUUUUGAGUGGAAAUACAAUUUGAAUUUCAGAGCACCAAGACAGUGUAACUGUAGAUGAUUUGCCUCUUUAUUUUCAGAAGUCUCAUUUAAAACCUUGUUGUGUGACUGUUUAGUUUGUUUCUAGUGUUCUAUCUCAUCACCAUGCCCUUUUUUCUGUACAUAGUUUUUCAAUACUUGUAACUGAAGAUAAAGAAAAUGAUUUUUCUUUGUAAUUGUGAGUCAAUGUGACAUUUUUGGUGCAUACUCUUUUGACACCAGUAUGUAAGUACAUACAAAUACAUUUUUUUAAAUAAUUAGA